AUGACCAAGCACUCGCUGAGUGGCAUACAGUCUUUGAACAACUUCGUGUUCACUGAAAGUGGAGAGAUGAUCGCUUGGCGGGCCUACAAUGUCGGACCCGGAAAGGUCUUUACCGCGGCGUCGCUAGCGCGUCUCGGUACCCCUCAAGGCCCGACAAACGUACAAGUUCUCCAGGCAUUCAAUAGUCCUGACAUACUGACUGGUGUCUUCCGUGCAUCUUCCAGCACGCAAGAACAGCAGCCCGUAGCACCUCCAACGGACCCUAUAGCCGUAGAACGGAUUGAGCUUGAAGAAGAAGAGCGUGUGGCCUUUGGCUGCCCAGAGGAGGGUUGCACCAAAGUUUACCAAAGUCACAGCAGCCUUCAGCGUCACCUCGAUGCCGGGAAACACCUUCUCGCGUUAGAGAGAGAGUCCACGUACGACGUGAUAAAGAAAAAGUGGGCAGAGACCUGCAAGUCAAUUUCUGGUAGCUACGUGGAAGCAGCUCAGCCGCCAACAUCUGCAUCCGCCUCAGUUUCCCAUAGCCAGUCGGAAGACCCGCUGCCAACAGCUGACAUGGGCUGGGCAUUAAAAAAGACCAAGAAGUCUGUUCAUUUCACCACUAAAGUGCGCCAAUUUUUGCGUGAAGUCUUCCUUCAAGGAGAGGACAUCGGGAAUAAAGCAGCGGCUGAGGAUGUAGCAGCACGAAUGAGGUCCGUGCGAGCCGCUGAGGGAACGAAGGUAUUUACCAAAGACGAGUGGCUGACAUCUACCCAGAUCUCCGGAUAUUUCAGAAGAAUGGCCGCAUUAAACAGGAGUGCGGGUCUUCAUAGAAGAGAGGAGGUGAGGCCAGCGCCAACAGAACCGGUACCCGAGGGAGGAGAAAGCGAA